AUGGCUUCCCCGUCGAACAGCAAUAAUCUGGUAUCGCAGCGCGGAAAAUGCAAACGAACCCACGAUGGACAUAUCUAUAUCCGUGACAAAUGCAGCAAAGAUGGCACGAGAGUGUUCUGGCGCUGUCACCAUCUCGGAGCCUGCAAGGCUCGACUACACACUUCAGCCUCGGAUGACGGAGUUCUCAAGGUGCUCGGUGUACACAGUGACGAGCCGAACCCAAGUGCAGUGGAAGUUGCGGCGAAACGAACUGCUCUGAAACGAAGAGCCGAGGAGUGCCAGGAGACUCCAUUGCAAUUGAUCGAAAGUGUUUUCGAGUCGUCGACCCAAGCCGCAAAACUUGUGCUGCCAAGCUGCGAAACGCUUUCCAGAUCAAUAAACCGAGCCCGUAAGAAUGCCAUGCGGCAGGCGGCGAGUCCACAAGAUCGGUCGUCGAUUGUGAUUCCGGAAGAGCUAACGAUGUACGAGAGUGAGCCCGGCGUGUUUGAGCGUUUUCUUAUCGGCGACACAGGAGAAGGCGAUCCUGCGAGAAUUCUCCUCUUCGGACGCGAGUCCGUGGGUGAAUGGAUUGGUCUCUCGCGGAAAAUCUUCGUGGACGUGUGCUACGCCUUAUUGCCAGACAAGAGUCAAAAUUUGUACGCACGCAUGAUACAGCUCAUCCGAGCUGCCUGGCCCGCUUUCGCUCCUGAGGCGAUCUCCACCGAUUUCGAAAUGGGUUUCGUCAAUGCGUUCACCGCAUCCUUUCCUGAUGCUGAGACAUGGCUGUCUGUUCAGAAGAUGAAAAAGAAGCUUGGUGACUUGAACUUGCUGAGCCGGUAUCGGAACGAAGGAAGCUUCGCACUCAGCGCCCGGAUGAUCUGUGCAUUAGCCUUCGUACCGCUGGGUGAUUUGAACAACGCCAUAGCUGAGCUGGCGGUCGCGCUGCCGCACGAGCUCAUGCCCGUUCUAAAAUACUUCGAAGAUACGUACGUCGGCUCCUUGCUACAUAUCCUGCCGGACGGAACCAUCAUUCGUCGAGAGCCCUUGUUCCCGCAGAGCAUGUGGUCAGUCCAUCUACGUACGCUGAACGGCGACUCGCGAACGAAUAACUAUGCGGAGGCAGCCCAUCGGAGGCUGCAGACCGAAUUCGGUGUGAAGCACCCGAACUUGUGGCGUUUCAUCGAAGGCUUGAAGAGGGUGCAGCAUCACCGUGACAUGCUGUACGCUCGCUUCGAAAGCGGCAAUCGACCGGCCGCGAAGCGCAGGAAGUACGAGGAAAUCGAUCGCAGGGUGUUGGAGUUGGUGAACAACUUCCAUAUCCACACGGUUGUCGGAUAUCUGAGGGGUUGCGCAUCCAACUUUGUGAUGAACCCAUGA